UUGAUCCCCUAGCCAACCUUGCCACACACAUUAGCCUCAUUUUGUUUUGCACCAUUUCCUAGUGUGCUCGUGUGCCUUUUUUUUUUUUAAAAAAAAAAAAAAAAACUUCAAGAAGAUUCUCUUCUCUCUUUGUUUCUCCCAUCAUGGCAUCAUCAGGGACAGGCACUGGCUCCCCUUGUGGAGCAUGCAAGUUUCUCCGGAGAAAAUGUGCGUCCGAUUGUAUUUUUGCGCCUUACUUUUGCUCUGAACAAGGGCCUGCUCGAUUUGCAGCCAUUCAUAAGGUUUUUGGUGCUAGUAAUGUAUCGAAGUUGUUGUUGCAUGUCCCGGUUGCUGAACGCUGUGAGGCGGUUGUCACUAUCGCCUAUGAAGCUCAAGCAAGGAUCAGAGACCCCGUUUAUGGAUGUGUUGCCCAUAUUUUUGCCUUGCAACAACAGGUUGCAUGUUUGCAAGCACAGUUGAUGCAAGUGAAGGCUCAACUAGCACAAAAUCUAAUCGAUUCACCACGCAUUAAUGCAGAGAAUAUUCACCAUCAGUGGCAAGGAAAUAACAUAUCUGGGGUGCCAUCAUUUCCAACUCAUCCAAAUUACAUCAAUCCAAUCUCUCCACAAAGCUCACUUGAUUCAGUUGACCUCAUCAGCAACAAUAUUGAUCGUGGGAUGAUGAAUAUGCAAGAUAUACAAAGCAGAGAGGAGUUUGCAUUCCAAUCUCGUGCAAAGGUCAAAAGGCCAUGCAAUAGCGACCUGGGUGAGCUUCAAGCACUGGCGCUUAGAAUGAUGAGGAACUGAUACUAAUUCAUCAUGGAUACCAUCAUGUUUCUCUAAUUUCCGCGUUAGCUCAUCGCAUGGAAGAUGAUGUAUAUAUACUGAGACGACCCUCUAAAGAUACUUCAGUUUUGAUCAUCAUAAGCCUAGUUAACAGAGGCAUUUCCCUUCUGUUCAAUCAGAACAAUAUCACUCACAUUGUAACAGCCUGGAAAUGAAAACUCUAUUAUCUGCUA